AUGUCCCCUACCCAAGUUCCUUCAUUCGACCGCACUCUGUAUCGCACCCAGUAUAAAGUGGGCCCACUACUCGAGCAGGGGUUUCGAUAUGCUUUCUAUGCUCUCAGUCUCCUCGAUAACAUGAUAGAUACAGAGAAGCGAGAGGUCAAGUCCGACCUACCGCUCCUUAUUUGUGCUGAGCUUCAGCAAGCCGCCAACCAGGUUUUCGAGGGCUUCCAAAAUGCCUUGCGAAUGCCGUGGUCACUUGAGGAGUUCGAAGAAGCCUAUGCUGAGUGCGGCGACAAUGAGGAAGAGCUGGUUCGUCGGUGUCCUCCUCCUCAAGACCUCCACGACACCCCGAAUAAUCAUGCCACGAGCCACUACACGCCGACCUUCUUCGUUGACAAAAAUGACCGGCUUCUCUUUGCCUACGUGCCCGCCAUGCUUAGAGAGAGUCGAUGGCAAAAUUUACUCCAGGCCACCACCCCAAUCUUUAACCAAGCUUCACGAGAGCACAGCAAGUUUAUUCGGCACAGCUCUCAUUCGGUCAAGGCCCGUACAUUCGGCCUGCAACCCGGAGUGUUAAUACUUUAUCCAGGUAUUAUCACGUCGUACAAAUUCCCUACCGUUCAUUACCCCGAGCCUGCUGCUGCCUUCACAAACCCCCAUAUCCGUCCCCGUGUGUUCGAACUCCUCGACACCAUCGACCCAGACACAUUUGGCAUCCUCUGCGCUGUCCUUGCUAUGAUCCACCCUGACCGUUUCCAUGCCGCCUUCGAGAUCCUCGAGGGACUCCACAACGGGACUAUCUGGAGUGGCGACAAGUCUCUUCGCGAGGAAAUCAUGAAACGCUGGGGCUUCCCGUUCACAUGUGUCGGGUUCUUUUCCAAUCUCAAACAUCCAUAUUGGGAGAGGAGUGAUGUACUGAAAAAUGACCUGGCACUCUAUCUGUCCAUGGGAAGUACGUCUCUCACCUCGUUCACAGUCCCCGGUCUCCACCGAAAAUUCCACUUUGAUCCAGGUACGAUCUGUGUGGGAUUCCCCCAUGUUUUCCCGGUGUCUUGGAGCUCUAGCGAGGACGGCGACCAGCUCACAUUUGUAGGCUCAUUCAUGGAUCUGAGAUUCGCAACUUCACGCCUCGUUCGGAAUCCGCGCCCGAUGGGUACCCGUGAAUAUACAGCAUACGUAGACUACAUGAUUCGGAACGAGAGCCCGCCGUUGGAUUGA